ACAAAACAGACUAAAACACAAUGUUAUCUAUUUCUUCAUUAUUCAAGAGAAACUCUGUUUACGUUGCUACUAUCUUUGGUGGUGCUUUUGCUUUCCAAGGUUUCUUUGAUGUUGCUGUUACCAAAUGGUACGAAGGCCACAACAGAGGUAAAUUGUGGAAAGAUGUCAAAGGUAAAUUCCUCGAAGGUGGUGAUGAAGAUGAAGAUGAUGAAUAAUCUCUUUAAACAAACGUAUCAAACAUUAUAAUCCUUCAAACUCCACACUUAUAGAUAAUAGUGAUUCAAACUUGUUUUGUUAAAGGAUAUCCCCAUUUGACAAAUGUCCCAAACUCAUUUAUUCCAUAUCUCAAUACAGAUUCACGUAUCGUCUUGUACUUAUAAACAAAAAAU